AUGGCUUUCCUGCUGGAGCAAAUCUUCAACGCCCCCGCCGCAGCUCUGCAGGAAAACAGAUGCGACAUCCCGCUGAAGACCAUCGCAGAAGCAGCCGCAGCUGCUGCUGCUGCAGCAAGGGGCGCAGCAGCAGCAGCAGCAGCAGCAGCAGAAGAAGGAGACAGUUUGUCUCCUUUGUCUCCUUUGAAAAGAGACAAAACAAUUAAACUUGUGGACUUGCCCGGACAUCCCAGGCUGCGGCCUGCUGCUCUUGCUGCUGCUGCUGCUUCUUCUCUCCUCAUAUUCUUCGUCGACGCUGCAGACAAACCCUCCCUCAAAGCAGCAGCAGAGUUUUUGUUUGAACUUUUCUGCGACUCGAAAAUAUGCGAGCGAAGGCCCCCUUUGCUGCUGGUUGUAAACAAAAGAGACAGCCCGGAGGCGAGGGGACAGCAGGCGGUUGUUGAGGACCUCGAGCGAGAAGUGGAGCGCUGCCGGGUGUCUCGACAGGCGGCAGCAGACGCUGAGGAGACACCUGUCUCCUUUUUCGGAGUGGAAGGGAGACGCUUUUUGCUCGAAGACGCGCCGUGCCCCCUG